CUUGACAAGAACAAACAAUAUCGCAAUGAACAGAUCGAUCCGGAAUACAUUCGAAGGCAUCGCGAGAAGAGGUUUUGCUACGAGCAAUGUACUACAAAGGGUCUGGACGCCUGUCCGAUCAAGGACGGAGUUUGAGGCGAUACAGGCAUUAACAACAGCCAACAACGUCCCACUGAUUGCGAACUUUACUGCGUUCUGGUGCCCGACCUGCAAAGUCACUGGUCCGAUCCUUGAAAAGGUCGUGGAAAAGAUCAGCGAGCAAAGCAGGAUUGAUAUGGUUAAUGUCGAGGUGGACGCACCUGAAGCUGCCGAAUUGAUGGUGAUGUACCAGGUCCGCACAUUGCCGACGUUCGUCUCCUUUUACAGGGAUAGAAAAGAAGACUCAUUCGUGCCGGGUGGCCAUGGAUCGCAGUCAGAGCAACAGAUACAGGAUUGGGUUAGUAUGACGGCAAGGCUUGGUAAGGGACAAUAGACUUGACAUGGGGUCUUGAACAGAUCGGAUGAUGAUUAGAUAGUAUAACUCCAAUUCGCAGGCUGCUCGCCGCUAUUCACAUACACCACAUAUGACAAUCCGCCCCAUUCCAACAUCAACAUCUUCCUCCUCCCCAACCUCGUCGACGACAAACACCAGACUCCAUCGUUCCCACGCACCCUUCUCCUGCCACAUUUUGAUGAGUGCUUCGUAGGCACCGCCUGUGAACCGUGGCCUCUGUAACGUGGCGGCUUCGUCGAGGAGGGUGGGAACAAGAGCAGGAUUGUAACACAAUGGUACUGGCUUGUUGCAUGUUUUGCAGAUAUGCUGACGGCGUUGUUCAGAAGUAGGAGCCGUGUAUAUGCGUUCGCAGCUGUGCCAGUGUCAGCUAAACGUCUUGAAGUUCUUGCUUCAACUUGCACCAUUCGCCUCGAAACACUUUCCCCUGUUCUUCCAAUUCCUGGUACUCCAUGCGUGGUAUAAUCACG